AUGGAUCCUAUAUACCGCGAAAAGUUGGCAUAUUCACUGGGUAAAUUUCUCGAUGAAACGUACCGUGGAGAAGGCCGUGCUUAUAACAGUGUCCAUGUCAACGUCCCGGUAGACCUCGACCAUAAAGACAUUAAAGAAACCCUCGAGGCUCUGGACCCCGAGGACUUCUUGAGUCAGGUAAUCCGAUAUUAUCAACAUUGCAGUUUGGACCCAAAAUCUCAUCAAGAUGAGAAUAGACUUAUCGAGAUCAAAGAGCGUCUAGACGAGAAAUACGGAGAAUUCCUUCUGGAAAACAAUUUGUUAAAGUAUACAGCCCAGAAGAACUGGCUUGAAGAAGCGAUCAAGAUUCCAACCCAUGGAUCAAGCCGACGCCGCGGGUGGAGAUAUUGGCAUGAACGUGACAAACCUACAACUGAAGUACCCGACGAGAAACCACGAGCUCAGCUCAAAUACACAAUCGACAGGGAAAUGGAAGAGUUAACUGGUGUCCAGCAACAAUCUCGCCCAAAGGACAUGGAGCUGCUUACAUUCUGCCCUGGUACAAUCGAGCGCAGCUUUUCACUUCUCAAGCCCUUUGACUACACGGAGCGAUAUUCUCUUCAAUAUAUUCUCCUCCGCAAAUACUCGGGAGACAAAAACAUGACACACAUGAAGGCAGACCGAGAGGCACGGAUUCGCCUUGAGGACUAUAAGGCGGAACACUUUGAGAGGAUGUGUGAGGAAUCGAGACAGUUGAGCCAGUGGGAAGAGCGCGAAAAGGUGAGAGACUGGAAAUACUGGAAAGAGAUAGAGCACAACCCCGACGAUUUCAUUUCUGAAGAUGAUUUAAGUUCUGAAGAUGAUUGGCCUGAAGAGCUCGAGCCUGAGGAAGAAGGGUACCAGGACAAUGAAUCUGAAGGUGGAGAAUCCGAAGGUGAAGCAUCUGAAGAUGAUGGGUCUGAAAGCGAUGAGUCUGAGGGUGAUGGAGCUUCCAGCUCGGCUGGUAUGGAUAUAGAUCUGCCAGAACCCACCAGUGAAGAUCUCGCUACUCAGAUCUCAGUGCUUCAGAUUUCUGGCAAGAAAUCAAACGGCGAAGCUGGCGGAGUGACAAAGACGGCCAAGAAGCGUCCUUUCGAGGACAGCGACGACACUGACGAUGCAGUCGCGCCUGGAUAUAAGCGCGCGAAGGUGGAAGAUAACGCAGUCGCGUCUGGUUAUAAGCCCGAGAAGGUGGAAAAUUGGCGAAAACGCUUUGAUAAGUAUGGAUGGAUAGAAGCUCGAUUACUGGACUGA